CGCUCCGUUUAUUUCAUCGACUUGAACUGCCAACACUCGCUUUUUGCACUUCCACAAUGUCACACUACGGCUCUACAUUCUCAGUAGCAGGAAUGUCUUCAUCUACGAGCUCUCAUCAUAAUCCCAACCUCAACAAUUGGGGAAAUUCAAACACAGGUAGUGGAUUGGGUAGUUCCACUUUGGGCACGUCCUCCUUCGGUGACUCGCUUUCACAAUCGAGGAGUCAUUAUCAGUCAGGUUAUCUCAUGUCUGCCUCGCAAGCCAAUAAUUUACCGCAAGGUAAUCAACGCGUAGAUGAACUGCCAGUGGUUCAAACGAAAGCGAAAAUAAACCAAGCUUUGUUACGAGGCUCGGCCGAUGAUUUUGGAAUGGAUUCGAUGUUUGAAAACAAGAAUCGUCAACGACAACCUCUGACAGAUGAAGAUGCACCUCCUAUGCAGUCAGUAAACGACAUACCUAACGAAGCAUUCUCGAAUCACUUUCAGUCCAAGUCUUCUAUGUCGCAACCCUCGAUGUUUUCCUCUACACGGACGCGUACACCUCCCGCUCCUCGUUCUUCGUCCUCCGCACCUUUGUACGUUAUUGUGUUCGGAUACCCUGCCGACAAAUACAGCGUCACUGUCGAAUAUUUCAAGUCGUUAGGUGACACCACGGAUGCAGAUCCAAAUACUGAGAUCGUAAACUGCUUCAGAAUCGGAUAUCACGAUCCUGGGGAGGCUAUGAGGGCGGUCCGCAAAAAUGGUGAGAUACUGGGUGGAAGCUGGAUGGUGGGUGCUAAAUGGGCUGAUCCUGCCCAGGCAGAAGCUGUAAUACGUCAACCAAUUCAUCGAUCGAGCCUUUCCGGAACACUCCCACGAGAAGACUUAGGCUCCUCAAACGCAAUGGUUGUUGAUGAGCCUCCACCGUCUCAAGCUGCUCCUAUGGUAGGAACACCUAUCAGGCUUGCUCCUUCUGCCUCUGCUUUCAGGAAAACUGGGGCAACCCCAAAACCUCCGAACACACCAAAAACGACCACUCCCGCGCUGCCUCCUUCCGGUGGGCCAUCACCGAGCAAAGGGCUAGUGGGCCAAGUGUCCGACUUGAUAUUCGGGUGGUAGCUUAGUGCAUGUUUCAGACAAUCUUUUGAAAUCAACUGAGUUCAUCACGCUAUGAUCAAGCUAUUGAUACACGAAUUUCAUUCAAUUAAAAGUACAAAUUG